AUGUUCAAAUUCGCAAUAUUAUUAUAUGUGCUGAAUUUUUGCUGUGGCUAUAAAAUAUUGUUAGUGUUCCCUAUCCCGGGGAGAAGUCAUUUGAUUUUGGGAGAAGGAUAUGUCCGACAUUUAGUUAACGCUGGCCAUGAGGUCACAUAUGUCACGCCCAGACCUAUUAAAAAUGCGUCCACAAAUCUUCGGCAAAUUGACAUAUCAGAGAAUAUAAAAUAUUUUAGAACAGGAUUAUUUAACAUAAAAACUAUUAUGUACAAGGAAAUUGAUUUACAAAAUCAAAAAUUGUUGAUACAAGGAAUGGAUGAUUUUUGGAAAAAAUCAUUGAAAACAAAGGCAAUGCAAAAAUUCUUAAAUGAUCCAAAAGAGCAGUACGACGUUGUUAUAGCAGAAUGGCUUUAUACUGAACUUGGCGCCGGGAUAUCGACAGUUUUUAAAUGUCCAUUAAUAUGGUCCUCUUCUAUGGAUCCCCAUACUACUGUGCUAUCUCUGAUUCACGAACACCUAAAUCCAGCGUAUACGUUCGACCACAUGUCUGUUGACUACUCUUUUACAUUUUCACAAAGAAUAUAUCAGUUGUGGAAUGCAUUAAGAAACACAUAUUUUAAACGGGUUAAUAAUGCAAAGCAGAAUGAAUAUUUUAAAGAUAUUUAUGAACCUAUUCUGACUAAGAGAGGCCAACAAGUACCACAUUAUGAUGAGGUUAGAUACAAUGCUUCGUUAAUGCUCGGUAAUUCUGAUAUUACUACCGGCGAUGGAAUUGCUCUCCCUCAAAAUUAUAAGCAUAUCGGGGGAUAUCAUAUCAAGAACGUUGUUGAACCGCUACCCAAGCAUAUGCAAAAGAUCAUGGAUAAAGCGGAACAUGGUGUAAUAUACUUCAGUAUGGGUAGUAACCUCAAAAGCACCCACAUACCGAAUUCUGUCAAAAAAGAACUAUUACAAGUAUUUAGGGAACUAAAACAAACUGUGAUUUGGAAAUUAGAAGAAACGAUGCCAAAUGCACCCAAAAAUGUCCAUAUUGUACCUUGGGCUCCACAGCAGAGUAUACUCGCUCAUGCAAACAUUGUACUAUUCAUCACCCAUGGAGGUUUACUUUCAAUCUUGGAAACACUUCGUUUUGGAGUACCCAUAAUAGGAAUACCAUUCUACGCUGAUCAGUAUCUAAACGUUAACAGAGCUGUCGCCAAAGGUUUUGCUAAACGAUUAGAUUUUGACGAAAAUUCACCAAACUCUUUGAGGAUUGCUAUAAAGGAAAUUCUUGAUGAUCCCAGCUACCAUCAACGGGCCAAGGAGCUAUCCACAGCUUUCAAUGACAGAAUGGUGCCCCCUGGAAAAGAGCUGGUGCACUGGGUGGAACAUGUAGUGAAAACCGGCGGAGCACCUCAUCUACGGUCUGCAGCGUUACACGUUAGCUGGCAGCGCCACCUUUUGGCAUAUUCUCCACUAAUAGGAGCCUACGUGAUAACUCCAGGUUAUCCGUGUAAUUUUCUACCAAAUCUUGAUACCUUUCAGCGU